AUGGUACACGUCACAAAGGGUGAUUUUAUUUGGGUGGAGCCCCCAAAAGGGACUGGCUCGGUGCCAAUCGGAGCACGGGUUAUCGACGCUGAUCAUGGAAAGUUGAAGGUUGUAGAUGACGCCGGAAAGGAAGAAUGGCUUUCCUCCGACCGCCGGGUAAAGCUAAUGCACCCGACGUCCGUACAAGGCGUGGAAGACAUGACCCAGCUAGGCGAUCUUCACGAAGCCGCUAUUCUUCGCAACAUUUCCGUGCGAUAUCGCGAGAAGUUGAUCUAUACCUACACCGGUUCAAUUUUAAUUGCCGUGAAUCCGUACGUCGAUAUUCCGCUCUACACCCCUGAACAGAUCCGCCUGUACAGACACCGAAAAAUCGGAGAACUUCCUCCGCACAUUUUUGCUGUCGCAGACAAUGCCUACACCAACAUGCGAAAUUCCUCAAAAAAUCAAAGCGUUGUCAUCAGUGGUGAAUCCGGAGCCGGAAAGACUGAAAGCACCAAACUUGUCUUGCAAUUCCUGGCCACCAUUUCCGGGCAGCAUUCGUGGAUUGAACAACAGGUCCUUGAAGCCAAUCCUAUCUUGGAAGCUUUUGGAAAUGCAAAGACAAUCCGAAACGACAAUUCAUCACGUUUCGGCAAAUACAUUGAUGUGCAUUUCAACAGUCAUGCCGGACUUUCGCUUGAAGAGAAGCAGCAAUAUGACCUCACGGCCCCUUCGGAUUAUUUCUAUCUAACCCAGGGCAAAACACUAAUCGCUGAUGGCCGUGAUGAUGCGGCUGAUUUUGCUGAUAUCCGAUCAGCCAUGAAGGUGUUGAUGUUCAAAGAUCCGGAAGUCAGCUCGAUUUUCCGUAUCCUAGCUGCCCUUCUUCAUAUUGGAAAUAUCAAAUAUCGAUCGACGAUGUCGCAUAAUUUGGAAGGGGUGGAAGUGGCCGAUUUAAAUUUGGUGAAGCGGGUGGCUCGAUUGUUGCACUUUGAUGAACGGGUAUUGUUGGAUACGUUGACAACAAAAACUAUCGUCACACGCGAGGAACGUGUAAUAUCAACCCUAACCCCGCAACAAGCUGUCGAUACCCGUGACGCUUUUGUAAAAGGGGUCUAUGGCCGAAUUUUUGUCUACAUCGUUCAGAAGAUCAAUGACGCUAUUUACAAGCCCCGCUCUGAAGCCCAUCGACGCAUUUCCAUCGGUGUUUUGGAUAUUUUUGGCUUCGAAAACUUCGACACCAACAGUUUCGAGCAGUUGUGCAUCAACUACGCCAAUGAACACCUACAGCAAUUCUUCGUUCGUCAUAUUUUCAAGAUGGAGCAAAAGGAAUACGAUCUGGAAAAGAUCAACUGGCGACACAUACAAUUUGUGGACAACCAGGAAACGCUUGACCUCAUCGCUCAACGCCCAAUGAAUAUUAUGAGCUUGAUCGACGAAGAAAGCAUUUUCCCGAAGGGCACUGAUGUUUCCAUGCUCCAAAAACUCCACGCAAAUCACAACAAGAACGAUGGGCUUUACUUGAAACCGAAAUCGGAUUUGGAGAAGGCAUUUGGAAUUACCCAUUUUGCCGGAGCUGUUUAUUAUUCCACCAAGGGGUUCCUCGAGAAAAACCGCGAUGCUUUUUCUGCCGAUUUGCAUGGACUCGUCGCUUCGUCAAAAAUGAACUUCCUUAUGAGAUUGUUCGACGAAGGAGAAUAUUCUGAUGGCUUGAACAAGAGAAAGGUGGCGACAGUUGGUGGGCAAUUCAAGAAAUCCUUGGAAUCGCUGAUGAAUGCGCUACAACAAACGGAACCAUUCUUCAUUCGUUGCAUCAAGCCAAAUGAGUUCAAGAAACCAAUGUAUCUGGAUCGAACGCUUGUUAUUCGGCAACUACGGUAUUCCGGCAUGAUGGAGACGAUCAAGAUUCGGAAAGCUGGUUAUCCGGUUCGACAUGGCUAUCAAGACUUUGUGGAUCGAUAUCGCAUGUUGGUCAAUGGAAUUCCCCCUGCUCAUCGUAUUGACUGCUUCUCAGCGGCCAAAAAGAUCUGCCUCAAGGUUCUUGGCCCAAAAGCCGACUUCCAACUCGGUAAAACAAAAGUGUUCCUGAAAGACGCGCAUGAUCUGUAUCUUGAACAGGAGUACUUCCGGAUGAUGAAUGAGAGAGCGAUUACGAUACAAAAGACAGUGCGGGGUUGGGUGGCUCGAAGGCAAUUCUUGCGGCAACGACAAUCUGCCGUAAUGAUCCAGAAAAUUUGGAGAGGAUUUGAGCAGCGGAGGAGAUAUCGACAGAUUAUCGUCGGCAUCACCCGUCUCCAAGCUUGGCUCCGUGCCAAACGCCUCGAAGAACAUUAUCAAAGCUUGCGGGCUACGAUUAUUCGAUUCCAGGCUCACUGUCGUGGAGCAUUGGUUCGAAAUGAAGUUAAAGCAAUGCGCGCAAAGGGCAAGCGAAGGCCAGCGAUGAUGGCAAAGCCACCAUCACCAGAGCCAGAAAUUAAUGGAAAUAUGGCCGCACCGGAGAAAGAUAUCCCUCUCUUCGACUACCUCCCAGCCGACACGGAAAAUGGCUCUGGAAGCGAAUCAAAUACGCUUACCCGGACAUCAGUGACGACCACCCCUAGCCCGUCCACUUCUAUGAUGGAUGAUCCGUUUGAUGGCGAAGAUUUGAGCAAAUAUCAAUUUGGGAAAUUUGCCGCCACCUAUUUCCAGGCUCAAGCCACUUCAUCCCAUGUCAAGAGACCAUUAAAACAAACCUUGUUGUACAAUGAUGAUCCGGGUAGUCAACUGGCUGGCUUGGCUGUCUGGAUGACAAUGCUUCGUUUUAUGGGUGACUUACCGGAUGCAAAGCCUGGAUCGAUCAAUGGUGAAGGCAAUUAUGACAAAACCCCAGUGAUGACGCGGCUUUACGCAACGCUUGGCCGAAAGUUUAGCCGAAGAGAUGUGGAAGAAGCAAGUAUGGCCAGCGAGUAUGACCAGUAUGGUUCAAACAAGAUUCGUAGCCGAAAUGUGGGAAAGAAACUGAUAUCCAUGACUCUGAAAAAGAAGACCAAAUUGACAGGAAUGGAAUCCAAUGCAUCUGAUCGAUCGGACGCCUCGAACUAUUCGAAUGCUCUACUUGAAAAUAAGCCGAUGAGCAGUCUCGACAAAUUACAUUACAUCAUCGGGCUGGGGAUCUUGCGAGAGGAGUUACGGGACGAAAUCUAUUGCCAGCUAUGCAAGCAGUUAUCAACUAAUCCGUCGAAAUUGAGUCAAGCUCGAGGAUGGAUUUUAAUGAGCUUGUGUGUUGGAUGUUUCGCUCCUAGUGAACGAUUCAUUAAAUACCUCUUCUGCUUCAUUCGUGAACAAGGGCCCGGAAAUUCCGGCUAUGCAGCCUACAUCGAGCAGCGGUUACGGAGGACCCAAAAGAACGGAACUAGACACCAGCCGCCUAGCUAUGUCGAGCUACAAGCAAAUAAAGCCAAGAAGGACAUCGUCUUAGCCAUUACCUUUAUGGACGGAAGCGUUAAAAGCGUACAUGCCGACUCAGCCACAACAGCGUCUGAACUCUGCAAGAUUCUAGCCGAGAAAGUCCAACUGAAGGAUCGAUUUGGCUUCAGCUUGUACAUAGCCCUCUUUGACAAGGUUUCUUCGUUGGGCUCCGGUUGUGAUCACGUUCUGGAUGCGGUCUCGCAAUGUGAACAAUACGCAAAAGAACAAGGAAAUCAGGAACGAAAUGCCCCUUGGAGACUAUUCUUCCGAAAGGAGAUCUUCUCACCUUGGUAUAAUCCGAAAGAAGACUCGGUUGGCACCAACCUUAUUUACCAGCAAAUUGUCCGUGGGGUCAAGUUUGGUGAAUAUCGAUGUGAAAAGGACGAAGACUAUGCCCUGGUCGCCGCUCAAAAUUACAUCGUUGAUGAGGGUGCAAUGGAUGUCGACAAGCUCAGGAAAGCUCUCAAUGGCUAUCUCCCAGAUUUCGUAUUGAAUUCACAAGAGAAGAAUGAGCAGUACUGGAUUCAGUUGAUUAUGAAUGUCCAUCGAAAGAAAUUCAACAUCACUCCACAACCCUCUAUUUCUCAAGUCAAAGAGGAUGUUGUCGCGUUCGCCAAAUUCAAAUGGCCCCUUCUAUUCUCCCGAUUCUAUGAGGCGGUCAAAUUUGCUGGCCCACCAUUGCCGCGAGAUGAAGUCAUCAUUGCCGUUAAUUAUACUGGGAUAUAUGUUGUCGAUGAUGAAGAACAAGUUUUACAAGAAUUCUCCUUCCCGGAAGUAGCGGCAUCUAUUUUCAACAAGGGGAAACGCACCGGUGCCGAUAAUUUCACUAUCCGUGCUGUGUCUGGGGAUGACUUCACCUUCCAAUCACCAAACGCUGAAGAUAUCGCAGAACUUGUGGAUUAUUUCUUGGUUGGACUCAAGGAGCGAAGCAAAUUUUUGAUAGCUACACAAUCACAACGGGAAAACGAACAAAGCAGUUUGCUUGGAUUUGAGCAAGGAGAUUUGUUGCUGUUGUGUAAUGGGGCUACAGGAGCAAUUUUGAAGCAACAGCAGGUGGUAAUGGCUGAAAAUGCUCGGACUGGGCAGCAAGGUACUGUUGGAGCGGAUCAAGUCUAUGUCCUGCCCACGCUGGUCAAACCCCCAAAUGCGGUGAUGGAUAUGUUCCCGAAAAAUAUUGACUACUCGAUGAUGCAGCCGUCCAUGGGCAAGCAAAUUGCAGUCAUUCAUAGCUCUGGAGAUCUGCCACAUACCCUUGAGAAUUUCGCCGUUGAUAAUUUCAAAUCUGUUACACCAGUAAAACGAUCCAUGACUCUGCGAAGACGGGAACCAAAUACUGGCGAAAUCUGGAGAUUCUCGAGGGAACCAAUCAGAGAACCACUCCUAAAGAAACUGGAAGGAAGAAAAGAGCCAGCCAUCGAAGCAAUCAACUCCUAUAUCGCUAUCAUGAAAUAUAUGGGCGAUUAUCAAACGCAUCGGAGUCGAUUGGGGACCGAUAUUACCGACCAGGUCUUCAAAGCUCCUUUGAAAUAUGAAAUCUUGAGGGAUGAGUGUUACUGUCAAUUAAUGAAACAAUUGACCCAUAACCCAUCUCUUUUGAGCGAAGAACGUGGAUGGGAAUUGUUCUGGCUGGCCACAGGUUUAUUCCCUCCAUCACAAAGCCUCUACAAAGAGGUGAUCCAGUUCCUCAAAUCACGGGUCAACUCGAUUUCGAACGAAUGCUACCAUCGGGUUCAUAAAAUGCUAAAAGCCGGCGCUCGUAAAUUUGCGCCUUAUUCGGUGGAAGUUGAGGCAAUCCAAAACAAAACUGUGCAAAUUCUGCAUAAGGUCUACUUCCCGGAUCAUACAAAUGAGGGAAUCGAGCUGGACUCUUCCACGAAAGCCAAAGAAUUCUGCCAGAGGAUCGGGAAACAUUUGAAAUUGAGAAGUGUUGAGGGAUUCUCGUUGUUCUUGCGAACAGAUGAAAAGAUUUUGUCCGUGCCUGAAAAUGAAUUCUUCUUCGACUUUAUCCGACAACUCUCCGAUUGGGCCCAAGAAAAUUUUGCGACGAAGGAUCGACCAUAUGUACCGUUGAAUUACCAAGUCUACUUUAUGCGAAAAUUAUGGUUGAAUGUGGAGAUCGGACAAGAUCGAAUGGCAGAUCUUAUCUUCCACUACCACCAGGAGCUGCCAAAAUACCUCUCUGGCUAUCACAAAGUUAGCAAACAAGACGCUGUUUCGAUUGGUGCACUGAUUCUUAGGGCUCGGACAAGACCUGACCAGCCGGCUCCAUUUGGGCAGCUUCAUCUGAUGAUGUCAGAAAUUGUUCCUCAAGAUUUAGUAAAGGCCUAUAGUGGUAACGACUGGAAGAAGAACAUCAAACAAGCCUAUUCAAGCGGCAUCGAGCAGAUGUCAUGCGAGGACGCAAAAACUGCUUUCCUCGAUAAGAUUCGAAAUUGGCCGACAUUUGGGUCGACAUUCUUUGUCGUGAAGCAGACGGCUGAUCAGACAUUGCCCACACAGCUUUUGGUUUCUAUUAAUCGGCAGGGAGUGUCGCUGUUCCACCCGGAAACAAAGAAUCAAAUUGCCAAUUAUCCAUUUACACAAAUUGGAAACUGGACAAUUGGAAAUACCUAUAUCAAUAUAACGGUUGGAAACUUGCUCAAGGGCUCGUCGCCCAGGCUCACUUUUGAGACCGAAUAUGGCUACAAAAUGGAUGACCUCCUCAAAUCCUACAUCUCCGUCCUCAUCACAGCCCAAACCAAAAAACCCCAAAUUGGCGUCAAAUGGGAAUGCAAUUAUGUAUUACUUCUUUACGAAAAUGCGAAAUUAACGUUGCUCUCCCUCGAAAAUUGUGAUAAACUGCGGAUAUCCCGAGCGCCUUGCGUAUGCAAUAAAUUAUUC